UUAACAGUGUCGGUUGUGCGUGAACAUUCUCGCGCAUGCCUAUGCCCCCUCUGCUUCCCACACACACGUUUGAAUCUCAGUUGCCCCCGCGUGGGUCGUCAGUGCGCCUGCUCGAGUUGUCGGUCAAGCCUGAGCUCAGGCGAUUGGGAGCGAGUGUUCCCCUCUCCCCUCCCCCACGCCCUCCACUUUCCGCGUCACCAUGGCUCUACAGCAAUGUGGGACGUGAAUUUAAAAACAAGGGUGUGCAUUCUCUCACCCACCCCCGCCCCCCAGCCCCUUGUUACUACCACCACCACCGUCCCUCUUCUGUUUUUCUUUCCCCUGUCUUUUUUUUCUCUUUUCUCUUCUCCUCGUAGAUGGUUUCAAGUGGACUUCCGGCUGACUUUUCAAAUAUGAAGGAGAUGAUUGGCGGCUGUUGCGUUUGCUCAGACGAGAGAGGCUGGGCUGAAAACCCCCUCGUUUACUGUGACGGACACGGUUGUAAUGUUGCCGUUCAUCAAGCAUGUUAUGGCAUUGUGCAAGUACCCACCGGACCGUGGUUUUGUAGAAAAUGUGAAUCGCAGGAGAGAGCCGCUCGAGUGAAAUGUGAACUUUGUCCUCAUAAGGAUGGCGCUCUCAAGAGGACCGACAACGGAGGUAAGUUGCUUUGUUUUAACAGACUAAGUUGACUUGUGUUUACGACA